CCCCUCCCCUCGCCCGUUUUCCGCAGCCUUACGGACUUAUGUCCUCGCCGCUCGCUCGCUCGCUCGUUCGUUCGUCCGUUCCACCGCUCUUUCCGCUUUUUACCCUUCCUAUUAAAAAUCCGUCGACGGAUUUUCGACCCUACGCGUCGCACAUGUGGGUCCGUGCGAGAACCACACGGAAUCGAAUAGGUUGAACAGUGUCAAAAGUUCCGCGAUUGUGGGGGUGGACGUUGGUCCGACGAAGAGGGACAAAGUGACUGGCCCACGAGAGUGCGGCAAAGAGGGAGUCGAGGAGAGUGUGUCGUUUACAAACGGGGAAGGGUGGGGGUCGAGCAGUACACAUUUCGAAGAGAGAAACGUACACGAGAUCGUGUACAUUCUUGGCAAAACUUUUUUUUUUAUCGAGUCUCGGUGUACGGGUAUACGUAUACGAGUUUAUCAGACCUAUGAAAUCGCAUCGGAGCCGUGUAUCAGCGUUUUGAGUGCGGAUAAUUAGUGUUCCGUUGCGUUACCGCCGAAACGUCAUUCUCAAAGAGCGACAGAUGCGUGAAUGGAGAAAAGUGCUUUUGUGUACGGGGAAGCAUGCGGAACACCGCGAGCCGAGAUGCGAUGCCGACGGCCAGUCGAAAAGUCAUGAACGGUCUGUGACAAUGCGGGAGAAAAAGGGAGGCGCCCUUAGUAGAGUACAAAAGCUGAAAAAACGGCUUAGCCACAGUUUUGGGAGACUUUCAAUAUCAAAAGAAGAGGCUGAUGAUGCUGCAAAUAGGGGUCAACUGCCAUAUAAUGGCUAUUCCGAGGAGUUCCUAGACCGUUUGGAACCAAACGGUAAUAUACCUGCAGAUAAGGAUCGCCGUUAUGAAUGGACAGGUGUGGGCGACCAUGAGAGAGUGCAUCGGCAGCUUUCCGUUUCUAGUGAUUCCAAGCUUCUUGACGAGGAUAUACGUGAAGAAGCUAGAGUUAUUUUACGACCUCGGCGUCCACCGCGACCUAAGUCAGAGGUCUUCCUUGGGCCGGAUCCACCUCCUAGAAGAACCAAAAGAUUUUCAGCUUUUGGGGGUGAUUCUCCCUUUGGUAAAUCUGAAGCAUAUAUAAAAUUGGAACAAUUAGGGGAAGGAUCGUACGCCACAGUGUUCAAAGGUUAUAGCCACCUUACAAAUCAAUUGGUGGCACUUAAAGAAAUUAGACUGCAAGAGGAAGAAGGUGCUCCAUUUACUGCCAUUCGCGAGGCAAGCCUUCUUAAAGAAUUGAAGCAUAGCAAUAUUGUAACCUUGCACGAUAUAAUUCAUACGCGGGAAACUCUUACUUUUGUUUUUGAAUAUGUUCAUACUGACUUAUCUCAAUAUAUGGAGAGGCAUGGUACCGGUAAUGGAGGGUUAGAUCCACGAAACGUUAAAUUGUUUCUGUUCCAAUUAUUAAGAGGAUUAGCGUAUUGUCAUAGGAGGAGAGUAUUACACAGAGAUGUGAAGCCUCAGAAUUUAUUAAUCAGUGAAAUAGGGGAACUGAAACUAGCAGAUUUUGGUUUAGCAAGAGCUAAAUCUGUACCGUCACAUACAUACUCGCAUGAAGUAGUGACCCUGUGGUACAGGCCACCCGAUGUUCUUCUGGGUUCCACAGAGUAUUCUACCUCGCUCGACAUGUGGGGAGUAGGUUGCAUAUUUAUGGAGAUGUUGACUGGUGAACCAACAUUCCCAGGUGUACGCUGUACGUACGACCAACUUGAUAAAAUAUUCAAAGUAUUGGGUACUCCUACUGAAGAAACUUGGCCUGGUGUCACGCACCUGCCAGGAUACAAACCACAUAGACUGGGAUUCUAUAGUUCACGAAAAUUGGGUCUUUCAUUUCCUAGACUCUAUGAUAUUGCUGAAGGUGAUAGUAUGGCAUCAGCGCUUCUACAGCUAAAUCCUGAUCAACGGAUAGGAGCUGAGGAAGCUUUAAGGCAUCCUUAUUUUGCCUCCCUUCCUAGAAAACUAUACGAGUUGCCUGAUGAAGUAUCGAUAUUUAGCGUUGAAGGUUGUCAUUUGUAUACAAAUUCAAGGCACGUAUGUGCAGAUUCGCGUCACACAUCUCUUAAAACUUGAGGUUAAAAGCGAACAUAAAGGAAGUAAAAAAUAAGUAAUUCUCAAAAUUCACAUGUUCAGCGAUGAAAAAUGUUCAUUCUCAUACAGAUUCACACAAGCGGGUACGCCUCGAUUCAUUUAAACAUCAUUUCCACGCGCGUCGUUCGUUCUUUCUCAGGGCUGUUCCACAAAUUCCAAUCAUCGUUCAUGGACACUUACAGGAUAAACAUGCGUACAGACAGUUAUACCACCUUUCGUUCUUGUUUUCUUCUCUUUUUUUUUAAAGUACUUACUUGCAUUAAGCGAAUUAACGAACGAUAAAUUAUAACUGGCAAAGGAAAUAACGAAAGUAAGCUAUUUGUGGCUAAAUGAAGUAAAAACGAUUUUAUGAGAUUCGCACGCUCGAUUUAGAAAGCAAAAGCACGCACGACCCAUCCUCGCACUUCGUCCAAAUAUUAGAUUUAGAUUGAUACCAAUCAAAAG